AGGAUUCCAUAUUGUAAAAUAAAAAUAAAAAUGCAAAAAGAAAAUCAGCGACGUUAAAAUUCCUCUCUCUGAAACAGUAGCAGCAGCUUUAAGAAACAGAGGAAAACAACGAGAUUUCUCUUUUUGUCUGUAAAUUUCUAGUUUUUAAGUUUCAAUUUCAUAUUAUUACAAUUUUCAAAAACGACUCUGUUUUUUCGUUUCUCUGUUAAUCAACAAUGAGCAAUGAAUCGGAAGAAUUGCCUCUCAUGGCUCCCCCACCGAUUACCGAGCCCAGCGAGAUCGACCUCGAGGCGGGUCCUGCCGAUCAAAUUCAGUGUCGAAUUUGCCUCGAAACCGACGGUAGAGAUUUUAUUGCUCCUUGCAAGUGCAAAGGAACAUCCAAAUAUGUACACCGCGAAUGUUUAGAUCAUUGGCGAGCUGUAAAGGAAGGGUUUGCAUUUGCUCAUUGCACAACCUGUAAAGCUCCUUAUCAUUUGAGAGUUCAUGUUGCUGCUGAUAGGAAAUGGCGAACCCUGAAAUUCCGAUUUUUUGUGACCAGAGACAUUUUGUCCAUAUUUCUGGCUGUUCAACUAGUCAUUGCUUCACUGGCAUAUUUGGUCCAUUUAAUUGACAGUUACCAGCAGUCAUGGCUCCGCCUUGCAUGGGGUUUUGAUAGUGAGCUAAGUUUCUACUAUAUAUGUGGAGCAUUACUAUUUUUUGCUUUGCUGGGGCUAUCAGGGUGCUUUAUUACAUGUUAUGAUCGAAGAGUCCGCAAUGAUUUGGCUCAGCCUUGUCGAGAAUUAUGUCUCUGUUGCUGUCAGCCAGGGAUGUGUGCAGACUGCCAUUUACCUGGCACUCUUUGUAUGUGGACUGACUGUACGACAUGCUUUGAAAGCUGUGCUAGUGCUGCUACUGAAUGUGGUUGCCUAGGAGGUGCUGGUGAAGCAGGGCUGCCAUUAUUGUUCAUAAUGGCUUUGAUUGUGCUGGGACUAUUUACUGUGAUUGGUAUAUUUUACAGUGUUUUGGUGGCUACAAUGGUUGGACAAAGGAUUUGGCAGCGGCACUAUCACAUACUCGCAAAAAGAAUGCUGACAAAGGAAUAUGUUGUUGAGGAUGUUGAUGGUGAAAUGACUGGAUCUGACUGGUCUCCUCCUCCUCUUCCACCUGAGCAUAUCCAGCAGCUGAAAACGCUUGGCCUUCUGUGAGUUUAGAAUUAUAUUUUGUCAUUGACAAAAACAACAUACUGUAAAGAUGGACUGGCUCCCUAUUUUGGUAGGUCAGUCUUCACCACAGGCUUAUGAAGCCACUUACUCCAACAGAGAGUUUUAUGCAGUUAUCAAGCAAGAAAAUUUAUAAAGGUUGUCGAUAUCAUUCAGUUAGAAGUAUGUGAAUUCUUAAAAUUUUUUUUGUUUUCACAUUCCUGUAAUGGUUGCCAUUAGUUUCACUUCCGUGAGGAAACUUGGAACAUGGUAAGAUAAGUAAUAACUGACAACACAUAUUUCAAAGACAUCCCAUGCUAAUGGUUUCCUGCCAAAUAUUAGUAACCUCGUAGAGAUCCUGAGAGUGGUUCCUUAUGUAACCUAUUUCAUUCACAUUAAAUGGGUGUUGGUGAUCCCUUCUCUGUAAUAUGUACUCAUUUGUUAAUGUAUUACCAAACCUGAAUAUGGUGAUUUAUAUGUUUGCUGAUA